AUGGAAGAAAUCCUUCGUCAACUUUUCUCUUCAAACCAUCCAUUAUCGAAGGAAUCUUCGUUCCCACUGAUUCCUUUACCACUUGAUGGUUCCAUCCUGAAUCCAUCUGAAUGUCAUCAACCGAAACCUCAGCAUUCAUACAUCGGACUUAUUGCAAUGGCGAUUCUAUCUUCUCCCCAGAAGAAAAUGGUUUUGGCAGAGGUUUACGAAUGGAUCAUGACCGAGUAUCCUUACUUCAGAAGUCGUGGUGCUGGAUGGCGGAACUCUAUUCGACACAACUUGUCAUUGAAUGAUUGCUUUGUGAAAGCAGGAAGAGCAGCCAACGGAAAGGGACACUACUGGGCCGUUCAUCCUGCCUGCAUUCGUGAUUUCGAACGCGGAGAUUUCAGAAGACGUCGAGCUCAACGGAAAGUUCGUCGUCAUAUGGGAUUGCAGGUUGAAGAGGGCGAUUCGUCAGACGAGGAAGAAUCUGCGGGGUCUGAUACAUCACCGCCAAUCUUCUCUCAGGCAUUCUGGAAUCUUGGUUGUGCACGCCGAACACCAAUUAAGUCAUUCACAAUCGACGCCAUUUUAGAGCAUAACUGA